AUGCUAGCGACUGCUUCCUCAUCUAUGCCAGUUAAAACAGCUCUGGAUGUGUCGCCUGAUGAUUCUGAUCUAGUUGAUAUCUCGCUUACUCAGGUUCAAGACACCAAAGUGCCAGGAAUCAGCGCCACAGCCGAUGCGCUAUCUCCGAUACCAUCGUCAACCCCUGCAGUACGAGACGCAGCACUUAAAAAACUCCCAAAACUCGUGCAUGGACUGAUUCCUGUCUCGAACAGGUUUUGGUUUGCUGUGUUUCCAAAACUUGUGGAUGCGGACCAACUCAAUGUCGGCGACGGUCUCGCCAUGGCCCAUAUACCGGAAGAUAUCCCGACCAGUGCUCGGCCCCGAAAGCUUGAAUGGUUUUGUAUCGAUGAAGAUCUCAUCUACUUGAGUUUUUCGAAUGAUUGGGGCCCUCUGAAUGUUGCCAUGUUUUACCGCUUUUGUGUACAUGUGCACCAGGUGUUGAUGAGCCCAGGCAUGGAAGAUACCCAUCUCGUGCUAUAUACAAGCAUGCACCCACACCACAAAGCCAAUGCUGCGCUACUUUGUGCGCUAUAUGCUAUGACGAUUGAUCACAUAUCGCCGGCAGACGCCUUUCAUCCCUACAGUGAGAUGGAGUUCAAGCCAUUCCGCGACGCGGGCUAUGGUCGUGCUGAUUACAGUCUUACGAUUCAGGAUAUACUAUAUGGUGUGCGGCGUGCUUUAGAUCACGAGCUGCUUGACCUUACAACUUUUGAUCUCGAGUCCUACGAAUUUUAUGAACAAGUUCAGAAUGGUGACUGGAAUUGGAUUACGCCGCACUUUCUUGCAUUUGCAAGUCCCAAAGACCGCGCUUAUAUGGCCACGCUUGCAUCGCAGGGACCUUAUGCAGCUGAAUGCACUGCAAAACGUAUGCCGGUGAACCCAUCACUUCAAAGAACUGUUGAAUACUUUCAACAACACAAUAUCUCUCUCGUUGUCCGCCUCAAUAAUGCACUAUACCACCGCGGGGUCUUUGAAGAUGCGGGCAUCGAACAUAAAGACUUGUACUUUGACGACGGAUCGAAUCCAUCCGAUGAUAUUCUUCGUACCUUCAUUCAAGAUGCGGAUCGCACGAUCCAGGCCGGCGGCGUGAUUGCUGUACAUUGCAAGGCAGGUCUUGGUCGAACGGGUGUGCUGAUCGGGGCGUACCUGAUAUGGAGGUAUGGAUUUACGGCCAGUGAAGUCAUCGGAUAUAUGCGUUUGAUGCGACCAGGAUGUGUAGUUGGGCCGCAGCAGCAUUUCAUGUACGAAAAUGCGUCCAAGUGGGUCCGCUGGGGCGUUGAAGAUCGUUUGCGCGCAGAACUCGCAAGACAAAUUUCCACGGCUGCUGUUCCAUCAGACAUCCCACAAACCCCCGCAACUAGCCGGAUCGUGGAUAUGCCUGCCACAGCACCUGUUCAUCACAUUCACAAGCCGACGCCCUGUGUGGGCCAGCCACGAAAAAGUCCUAGUCCUAAGCGCCGGCGCUUAGGUAUCGUGGAAGAAAGUGUGUCUACAAGAGCGCAAGUCACCGCGGAUGACGCCGAUGCCAAACUUGUGGCGGCCGAACUUGGUGUUGCACCAUGCACAGAUGCAGAAGUGCUUGGUGUUAUUGACGCCAACGAAGCCUCAUCUCCUGCAACAAGAGCGUCCAAGUUAGUAUCCACAACUCGAACGUCCAACCCUGCCCCAACAGCAUCAACCACCAAUGCCAACCCUUUGCCGACACCAAAGUCACCAUCGCCGAUCGUGACAACUACCGACAGUGGUGCCAUGCGUGCCACAAAGCCAGCGAGUCCAGUUGGUCUGCGUGAGCGGCGAACCAUGACGCCAGCGCAGCAACCGAAAGCGGGAGUGCGCACUGUCCGCUCACCUGCGGCCAAACCUGUUGUAACACGGAUGCAGACACGUCCCGCUCGGCCAGGCGCUGAGAAUCGACCCCCUACAGCGAUACGAACACGUCCUGCAGCCACUGCAACGGCUGCGACCCGACAACCACGUACACAAUGA